UGGUAUUAGUGUUCCAGAAUCCAGACAGAUGAUGACAUCUGUCAUGACUGGAGGUAGUAAGUAUCUGAAAUCCCUCUCUUUUUCAGGAAAUAUCUUAGUGUUUCAUUCCUAAGAAGCCUGAAUCAGGAUUCUUGUUGAGAAGGAGAGUUGAAAGUUAAAUGAUUAAAUGAUUCUGCCAUAGAGGCUCUGUGGAAAAUCCCAAGAAGAACCUGGGUUAAUUUUGUGUGAGCUGGUGUAGCUUUACCUAGUACACUCUGUCCUGAUGUUAUUGCAGAUAUAGCCCAAGUGGGGGACACAGAUGUUGAGGCGCAGUAAAACAUCAGUAGUAAAGAAAGCUUUCCUAGUAAGUAACAGCAUGCCCUGUUGGAGUUGAUAGGAGAGGAUCCAGGAAAGAGUAAGGUUGUACCUUCUGCUUGGCAGGCUGAGGCAGUGGGAAAGGUAUCAGUGAGAUGUAAAUUUGCAUGGAGAUUUAAAUACUACUCCGUCCAGGCAUAACGGUAAAGAGAGGUAGAAGCAAACACACCAAACCCCACUGUCAAUUAAAGAUGAUCUAGGGGAGUUGGAGAGAUGGCUCUUUGAUUAAGAGCACUAUCUGCUCUACCAGAGGAUCAGAUUUGAGCUCCAGCACCCAUAUAGCUGCUCACAACCAUCUGUAACUCAGUUCCAGGGUACCUCAUACCCUCUUCUGAUCUCGGCUGGCAUGGUAUGUAUGUGAUACACAAGCAUUCAUAUGCAGGCAAUGCAAAUGAAAUAAACUUAAAAAUAAAAGUAUAAGCCGGGCGGUGGUGGUGCAUGCCUUUAAUCCCAGCACUGGGGAGGCAGAGGCAGAUGGAUCUCUGUGAGUUCGAGGCCAGCCUGGUCUCCAAAGCGAGUUCCAGGAAAGGUGCAAAGCUACACAGAGAAACCCUGUCUCGAAAAACCAAAAAAAAAAACCAAAUAAAUAAAAGUAUGGUCUUCACCGGAACACCCAUUCUUCCUGCCUCUGUCACUGCCAAAGCUCCUAGCCAUCAGUUGUAAUUAGUAGCUUUCCUUGGAAAUUGUGUGUAUUCUGAUGUAGUCUGGAAAUAUGUGUAUAGCUGGUGCUCACUUUUGAUUGGUGAGUUGUGAUAGAAGAAACUGUCAAUGGAUCACAACUCUCGGUAGUCAGUGACAUGAACCUGAGUACAAAGGUCUUGUAGUGUGGGCCCAAUAUUGCAGAAGUGAAUCCUCUUCUGGCUGGUCCUGCAGGACUUGUAACAGUACAUCCAUGUUUCCAUUCAGUCUUCUUUUUCCUUAAAAUCUUGAAGUGCCUUCUUCUAUCUAUUCAUUUGUUUGUUUAUUUAUUUAUUUAUUAUAUAUGCAGUGUUUUACCUGCAUGUAUGCCUGUGUGCCAGAAGAGGGCACCAGAUCUCAUUAUAGAUGGCUGUGAGCCACCAUGUGUUUAUUUGGAAUUGAACUCGGGACCUCUAGAAGAGCAGCCAGUGCUCUUAACCUCUGAGCCACCUCUCCAGCCCCCAUUCAGUCUUUAUAUAAAGGGCAAUCUAUGGGUGGGUGGCAGAGUGAGUAGACUGGCCUCACUGAAUCACCUUCCAUAACCUAAGAUGUCAAGGAACCAGUGGGAAGCUGAGGCUGAUCUGGUGUGAGCUGAUGUGGCUGUAUCUUCUGUAGGCAGAAUGAGCCACUCUGUUGCUUUCUUCCAGGUGCUUCUAAAAUGCAGGUUUGGGAAUUGAGGAAAAUUCCAAGUCCUGCAAGUCCAGAGAUAAAUGUACUGUACCAAGCCCCACCACAAUCUUCAGAUGAAGAUAUGCUUGAAGAGGAGGAGGAGGAGGAGGUGGAGGAGACGGUGGAGGAGGCGGCGGUGGAGGAGGAGGUGGAGGCAGAGGAAGAAGAGUUGGAGGAAGUGGUAGAGUUGGAGGCAGCAGGGGAAGAGGCAGAGAAGGAGGAAGAAGAGGAGGAGGAGGAGGAGUGGGUGAAAAGCUACUACCGAUAAAAAUAUAAUGCCUAUAAUCAUGUAUAAA